GAAGGAAGUUGUCGAUGCCAUCGCAUUUUUGGCCAAUGAAAAUCAUUCUGCCUUCAUCACUGGAGUUCUUUUGUGCGUUGAUGACGGUUUGGGCAGAAAGAGCGCCUUUUAAUACUCGUAUAAUACAAAUUUUUACACACCGAAAUAUCCUUUAAUUAUUUUGUUGUUGUUGUUGUGGUUUUUGUUGAAGCAAUCACAAAGUGUACUCAAAACGAUAGAUUCUAUCGGAUAGACGAUGAAAAAGAAAAGAUUAAAAUAAAUUCCCCGGUGGUGGCGGCGGCUACAACGAUAAUAUCGAUGUGAUUGAAACGCCUGCGCUUCAAAUUGCACCUCCCAAACCAAAAAUUAAAUGGAUAAUUUACGAUUUUGAUGUUAUCGAAAGUGGUUUCAACUGUAUAGCUUGGACGUUUAACCUAGUCUCGUUGGAAAUAUGGAAACUUUGUAAAAUAUUCACAACGACCAACCGCAAUCGAUAUGGUUUGACAUCAAUUGCAGGUGAAUUUUCCGAGUACUUUUCGUUGCAUAUCGCAGUGCUUGUCCGACUUCAAAUACUUUGGGUCAUUUUGUUUUUGGUUCGAAUUCGUUUCAAUAUUGGCUAGCGACAUGUCCUUCGAGAACCAAGUGGUCCUGAUAACCGGUGCAAGUGCCGGAAUAGGUAGUGCUUGCGUUGAAUACUUUGCUAAACAAGGAGCAUUACUUGCGCUGGUGGGACGAAAUGAGAAGAAAUUUGGAAAGAUUGUGAGAAAAAUCAAAGGAUAUGGCAUUACGAAUGAGCCGCUAGUGAUUAUAGCCGACGUAUCGGUUGAUAGUGAACGUAUUAUAAGUGAAACAAUUGAACAAUAUGGUCGUUUGAAUAUUUUGAUAAAUAAUGCCGGCUUCAGUAUUCCUGGAUCGAUUGAAACAUUGAAAAUGGAUGACUACGAUGCAAUGAUGGCAACGAAUGUUCGGGCUGUCGUUGAACUAACCCAGCAAGCUAUUGUGCACUUGGUUGAAACCAAAGGCAAUAUUGUGAAUGUCUCAUCGGUUGCUGGCAUAACAUCCAAUCCGAAUAUUCUCGCUUAUUCCAUGUCUAAGGCGGCGCUAGACCAAUUCACGAAGUGUGCGGCGAUGGAGCUAGCUCCAAAAGAAGUUCGAGUCAAUGCGGUGGUUCCAAGCUUCAUUGAUACUGAUUUCUAUGCUGGACACGGCCUAGAAAGAGGUGGAGACGAAUAUUCAGCUUUAGUUGAGGCCAAUAUUAAUGCACACCCGUUAGAACGCAUCGGUUAUACCAAGGAUUGUGUAAAUGCCAUCGCAUUUUUGGCCAAAGACAGCUCAAAUUUUAUCACGGCAGUUCUAUUACCCGUCGAUGGUGGCAUAUCGUCUAAAGGUGCAUUUUGAAGGAAAUUAUUCAGAAAGAAUGCUUUUUGGGAUUUGGAAAAUUACGAUUGUUGUUGUGAAUGUAAAGAAACAAAAAUCAAUACGAAAAAAUGACCAUAUUUCAUAUUGGGCGAUUGAUAAUAUACGCUGAAGAUUAAACUAAUAUUGUUUUUGCUUGUUAAACUGGAUAAACUGUAAUAAAAUAUAUAUUUGUUGGAAUAAAAAUGGGUAUUAUCGCAUAAUAAAACAUUUCA